AUGCCCCUCCCCUUCCUGACCAUGUGGGGUGAGGCCUUCUGGAGCGUGUCUGAUGCCACCCUGGCUCCCGACACUCGCCAGGCACAGGCACCACCACCACCUCCCUCCACUGCCUGGCUGCCUGGCCAGCUGGCCUCUUUCUAUGGAGAACAUUCUCCCCCUGAGCCCAGGGCACCGGGAUUUGUCACAGAGGAGUCUGCCUGCACUGCCCGACAUAGUAGCCCCGAUGCUCUGACCACUGAGCUGCUGAGAUGUGGCCUGAAUCUGGAGAUGCGAGACAUGCAGUGGAUGAGCCUAGAGAAUGAGGACAAGCGGGCUCGUACGCGGUCCAAGACUGGCCGAGCACCCCCAGAGACCACAGGCACAGACCUCAGCUGCCCCACCCCGGGCUGCACAGGCUCCGGACACGUCCGGGGAAAAUACUCCAGGCACCGGAGCCUGCAGAGCUGCCCCCUGGCCAAGAAGCGUAGGCUGGGGGGCGCUGAGGCCGAGCACCUGGCGGCCAAGCGGAAGCCUCAGCCCCUGAAGCUGGCUCUGGACGAGGGCUACGGCAUGGACAGCGACAGCAGCGAGGACGCCGAGGUGAAGGACGCCUCUGUCUCAGACGAGUCGGAAGGAACUCUGGAGGGGGACGAGGCUAAGAUGUCCGGGCAGGAGGGGACGCAGCACCCCGAGCCAGCUGAAGGAAGGAGCCCAGCCACGUCGCACUUUGGAGCCAGCCCCACCGGCCCGUCCAAGGGCAGCUACAGCAGCUACCAGGAAAUCAUUGCCACGUCUCUCCUCAACCUGGGCCAAAUUGCUGAGGACACCCUGGCUGCAGAGGACUUGGGCCAGGGAACCAAGCCGGGCCCCAGCGUUGUGCACCUGGUCCAGGAGGAGGCUGGGGAGGGGGCCACCAGCGAUGAGGGUGAGAAAGAUGUCUUCAUCCAGCCCGAGGAUGCCGAGGAGGUCGUGGAGGCCACCGGCGAGCAGCCUCGGGAGCUGGGCCCCGAGUCCUUGGAAGGCAUGGUCAGUGAGGAGUCCAGCAGGCAGAAAGAUGCCCUGGAUCCUGAGGAAGAUGAGGAGGAGGACGAGGAGGAAGAUGAAGAAGAGGAGGAGGAGGAAGAGGAGGAGGAAGAGGAGGAGGAGGAGGAGGAGGAGGAGGAAGAGGCCACUCCUGAUGUGAUCUGCCAGGAUGCCCCCAACGCCUCCACUCAGAAGGCCCCUGAGCCCCCGCACCCUGAGCCCCCGCGCCCCGAGCCCGAGUACUCAGUCAUUGUGGAGGUACGCUCCGAUGAUGAUAAAGACGAGGAUGCACGCUCCCAGAAGUCGGCUGUCACGGAUGAGUCGGAGAUGUACGACAUGAUGACCCGCGGGAACCUGGGCCUCCUGGAGCAAGCUAUCGCCCUGAAGGCCGAGCAGGUGCGCGUGGCCCGGGGGUCAGCCGAGCAGGGCCCAGGUGAGGGGCAGGCUGGGAAGCCCCUGGAUGCUGUGCGGAAGAACUACUACAGCAAAGACCCUUCGAGAGCCGAAAAGCGUGAGAUCAAGUGUCCGACUCCAGGCUGUGAUGGCACGGGCCACGUCACUGGCUUGUACCCACACCACCGCAGCCUGUCCGGCUGCCCCCAUAAAGAUAGGAUCCCCCCGGAGAUCCUGGCCAUGCAUGAGAACGUGCUGAAGUGCCCCACUCCUGGCUGCACGGGGCAGGGUCACGUGAACAGCAACCGCAACACCCACAGAAGUUUGUCUGGGUGUCCCAUUGCUGCUGCCGAAAAGUUAGCCAAAUCUCACGAGAAGCAACAGCCGCAGACGGGAGACCCUUCCAAGAUGAGCUCCAGUUCCAAUCGGAUCCUCAGGCCCAUGUGCUUCGUGAAGCAGCUGGAGGUCCCUCCAUAUGGGAGCUACCGGCCCAGCAUGGCCCCGGCCACACCCAGGGCCAGCCUGGCCAAGGAGCUGGAGAAGUUCUCCAAGGUCACCUUCGACUACGCAAGUUUCGAUGCUCAGGUUUUUGGCAAACGCAUGCUUGCCCCAAAGAUUCAGACCAGCGAAACCUCACCUAAAGCCUUUAAAUGCUUCGACUACUCGCAAGAUGCCGAGGCUGCCCACAUGGCCGCCACAGCCAUCCUGAACCUCUCCACACGCUGCUGGGAAAUGCCCGAGAACCUCAGCACAAAGCCGCAGGACCUCCCUGGCAAGGCCAUGGACAUUGAGGUGGACGAGAAUGGGACCCUGGACCUGAGCAUGCACAAGCACCGCCGGCGAGACAGUGCUCUCCCCGGCAGCAGCAGCUGCAGCAGCAGCCCUGGUGUGAAAUCGCCUGAUGUGGCCCCGCGCCAGGGCAGUGCCAGCACCACCAGCAGCUCCAUGACCUCGCCCCAGUCCAGCCAGGCCUCCCGCCAGGAUGAAUGGGACGGGCCGCUGGACUACACCAAGCCCAGCCGCCAGCGCGAGGAGGAGCCUGAGGAGUCAGAGCCAGCAGCCCAUUCUUUUGCUUCUUCUGAAGCAGAUGACCAGGAAGUGUCGGAAGAGAGUUUUGAGGAGCGGAAAUAUCCAGGGGAAGUCACCCUAACCAACUUUAAGCUGAAGUUUCUCUCCAAGGACAUAAAGAAGGAGCUGCUCACCUGUCCCACCCCUGGCUGUGAUGGCAGUGGCCACAUCACUGGAAACUAUGCCUCCCACCGCAGCCUUUCUGGUUGCCCUCUUGCUGACAAGAGCCUCAGAAACCUCAUGGCUGCCCACUCUGCUGACCUCAAGUGCCCCACGCCUGGCUGUGACGGCUCCGGCCACAUCACGGGAAACUACGCCUCACACCGAAGGUGCCCAGUUCCUGGCUGUGUGGGGCUUGGCCACAUCAGUGGCAAGUACGCCUCGCACAGGAGUGCGUCCGGCUGCCCGCUGGCUGCCCGCAGGCAGAAGGAAGGGUCCCUCAACGGCUCAUCAUUUUCCUGGAAGUCACUGAAGAAUGAGGGACCCACCUGCCCCACACCUGGUUGUGAUGGCUCUGGCCAUGCCAACGGGAGCUUCCUCACCCACCGGAGCCUGUCUGGCUGUCCCAGAGCAACUUUUGCUGGAAAGAAGGGAAAACUCUCAGGGGACGAGAUUCUCAGCACUAAAUUCAAGACGAGUGACGUGCUGGAGAACGACGAGGAAAUCAAGCAGCUGAACAAGGAGAUCCAUGACCUCAGCGAAUCCAACUCAGAGAUGGAGGCCGCCAUGGUCAAACUGCAGUCCCAGAUAUCCUCCAUGGAGAAGAACCUCGAGAACAUUGAGAAGGAGAACAAGCUCAUCGAGGAGCAGAACGAGGCGCUGUUCCUGGAGCUGUCCGGCCUGAGCCAGGCCCUCAUCCGGAGUCUCGCCAACAUCCGCCUCCCGCACAUGGAGCCAAUCUGUGAGCAGAACUUCGAUGCGUACGUGAGCACCCUCACCGACAUGUACACCGACCAGGACUGCUACCAGAAUCCCGAGAACAAAGCCCUCCUGGAGAGCAUCAAGCAGGCCGUGAGGGGCAUCCAGGUCUAA